CUUCUUGUUUGUUUUUCCUGCCUUUCUUCCCUCCCAGCCCCACGCCCUUCACCAUCUCACACUAGUACCAGCCCUGCGCAAAUGUCGGCGGCAUCUUCCGAGCGCGAGCGGGACAAGGAGAGAGCAGACCUUGAGGCGAGGCCGUCGGCGCCAAAGAAGAAGAGCACCUGGCUUCCGGACUGGAUCAUCGACAAUGUCACGAAUGUCGAGAGCCUCAAGGUGCUCCUGCGAUGCUGGCUCGCCGCGUGGGCCGGCCUCAUCCUCAUCAUCCCCGGACCCUCGCUCCGAGUACUGGGCCAGGCCGCUUUCUUCUCGUCGAUGCUCGUGUUCAUGGUGCCCCCUUCAAUGGCCGUCUCCAUCUUCCUCUUUGCCAACCUGACCAUCGUCAUCGGGUGCUGCCUCGGCUGGGCAUGGGGCGCUGCCGGCAUGGCUGCUGCCCUGCGUGCACGCGAUCGCACUUUUCUCGCUCAGCAGCUCCAACGCACCCAGAGCGAUGUCGCCGGCGCCACAAACCCAGAGGUCGAGUACCAGCGGAUCAUCUUCGAGGGUCGCUUCCUGGACGUCAAGUCGACGGCCAUCUUUGGCAUCUUUCUCUGCACGGGCGCCUACUUUGCCGCCGUCAUGCAGGUCAAGAUGCCCAAACUCAAGAUUGCCGCCAUCUUCUUCUGCAUCGUCCUCGAUGUCCUCUGCUCCUAUGGCCCUCUCUUUCCCUUUGGACAGUACACGCUGGCCACCAUUUUUCUCAUCCCCAUUGGCUGCAGCGUCGCCAUCUCGCUAGCCUGCUCCUUUCUCAUCUUUCCCCGGACGCUCAAUUACGGAUGGCAGAUGCAGCUCGUCAAGGCCAUGCGUCUCGGCAGGUCCAUCCUCGGUGUCCACCGCGACGCCCUCGCUCGCGUCGCCUCGCCUUCAGAAACAGACACGCCGGCGCAGGUCGAGGCCAAGACGGAACCCAAGCUGCGCACCAUGCAUGCCGGCUUCGUCGGCCUCGCCCAGGCUCUCGGUGGUCAGACUGGCUUCCUGGAGCUCGAGAUCUCCUACGGGCGCCUCUCGGCGAAGGACCUGGCGGCCAUCUUUCUCAGUGUGAGGCAGGCAGGUGUCAAGCUUCUUGGUCUCAACGCCUUUCUCCACCUCUUUGAAGGCUCCGAUCUCGUGGAUGAAAACGUGCAGAGCACAGCGAGAGAGACGGAGGAGCACCAGCGAAGAGGCGCCAAGGCUCAGGCCCCCAUUCAGCUCCACGAGACGCACCAGCUGCUCCGCUACCGUAAGGUGGCGCGUGCGGCCGAAAGAGAGAACCACGUCGAGCUCAAGACGCUGCUUGCCAUCCUCGAGGAGGCGGCCAGGCCCCCGCUAGAGGCCGCCGACAAGAGCCUGGACACGAUGGCGACCUGGUUCGAGGAGAGCUGCAAUCGCAAGCGCAGCUACCGCCACGACGAGUGGGUUCGCAAGCUCAAGGAGUCGGCCGACUCGCUCGAGACCAGCCUCAAGGUCUUUGUCGAGCAGGAGCGCUUUCAGCUUAUCCGUCCCUAUAUGCAUCUCUUCAAGAAGCGCGGCACCAUCGACUCGGACACGAUUGAUCAAUAUAUUCCUGCCGAGAAUCGCGCUGCCUUUCGCAAGGGAGCCCGGCCCCUCUAUACGACAUUUGUCUUUGCCGCCAACCUGUGCAUCUUUGCAGAAGGUCUCAUUCAGCUCAAUCGCGACGUGCACAAGCUCGCGUCGAAGCGGCCAAAAAACCGGCUUUGGUUCCCCUCUGGACUGCGAAAGCUCGGAAAUGUCCUCGUCAGCAAGGCUGUCAACACCGGCGGCGCCUUUCAUUUCAGUGAUGGUCAUGCACCCGAGGCAGACCCAGCCUCCCUGUCGACGGACUCUUCAUCGCUGGCGACAUCAACAUCGGACACUGUUGCCGACUCGGAAGACCACCAGGAGAAGUCCAAAGAUGAAGCGGCUGGUCACGACGAGAGCCCUUCCAAGACGCCGCCCAAGAAAGAGAAGAAAGCCAAGAGCAACAGUCGAUCAAAGAAGAAAGCAGCCAAGUACGCCAAAGAUGCCGAUGCCUUGGCUCCAACGAGCUUCAUUCACCACAUUGGAAGGGCCCUCGCGUCGGCGUGUGACUUUGUCGGAUCGCCCACGGGCCUGUACGCGCUCAAAUUUUCCAUCGUCUCCUUCGCCCUGUGGAUUCCUGCCGUCCUACCUUCGACGGCCGAGUUCGUCUACAUGAACAGGGGGCUAUGGGCUCUCAUCAUGGCUCAGACCGGCCUCGCGGUCCUGGGAGGAGAGUUUGUCUUCUCUCUCAUCUCACGUGUCCUCGGCACCGGCUUCGGCAUCGUCCUGGGCAUGCUCUUUUGGUACAUCUCCACGGGCCGCGGAAACGGCAACCCCUACGGGCUGGCUGCCACCUGUGCUGUCGGCUUCAUCCCGAUCAUGUUCAUCCGACUCUUUGCUCCGCCCGCUUUUCUGUUCUUUGGCAUCAUGUUCGGCGUCACAACCGUCCUCGUCACCGGUUACAGCUGGAUCGAUUCCCACCUCUUUGUGCUAGCCAACAGCGGAAUCGGCUACGACGUUGCCUGGCGGAGAGGACUGCUCGUCCUGAUUGGUGUUGCCGCCGCUUUUAUCGUCACAAUCUUCCCCCGGCCCGCCUCGACACGGGCCAUGAUCCGAGAAACUUUUGCGAGGAACACGGCAGAGAUUGCUCGCCUCUACUCGACCGUCAUUCAGGCGUGGAUCGUGAUCCGAGAGGAGGAAGGCGAGGGAGCUGGUUCGCUCAAGGGCCACCAGCAAAGCGAUGACAAGGCAACCACCGCCCAGCUCCAGGCAGGAUUCCGAAACCGCUUUGUGGCCUCUCAGGGAACGCUGGCAUAUUUGGAUCAGCAGAUCAAGAUGGCCUCGCUCGAUUUCCCCAUCCGUGGACGUUGGCCAAGAGAACGGUACGAGGAGCUCUUGGUGGUCCAAGCGCGCCUGCUCGAGUCCCUAUCGCAACUCUCUUCUUCCCUCGCGGGCCUUGACGAAGACUGGCGGUCAAAGACGCUCCAACUCACCGCCAUUCUCGAUCCUGGAAUUAUCUCUGAAGUCAGCAUGACCUUGGCGUUGCUUGGACAGGCUCUCAUGACCGGCAUCGCCCUGCCACAUGCGUUCCAGAAUCUGCUCGAGACGACGUUGCAUUAUAAUAGUGUUGCCCGUGCUGUCGAGUACAGCAUCGAGCGUCAGCAAAGGCCGGCAUCCGAUGAAAACAGCGGGCGUGACGGACAAGAAGAAGGACGAGCAGAAAAUAAAAGCGUCAACGAGCUCGACCUUAGCCUGGCAACGUUGCGAGACCCUCAAUUCAUGCGCCACGCAGCUGCUUUGAUGGCGCUCAUUCAAUUUGUCCGUCAGAUCGACCGCUUCAAAGCCGUCGUCGGCGACCUUGUCGGCGAGAUCGCCCUGCCCGGCUUUGAUCGCCUCAAGGAUACCUAUGAUGACCGAAUGGGCCGCGCCUUCCCGAAUUAUCAGUAAUAAUCACUAUACUCUGCCACAACCUUACUACGUUCUACGGCCUCUCUUGCUUGCAAUGCAAAAUUUUGUUCCCCU